CCUAUUUCGUGUCUCUCUCCUCCUAUAGCUCCUUCUAUAUAAAUCUGAAUCAAAUUCUCAUUCAUCUCACUCACUAAAACACCUUCAAUCUGAAGUUUGAAACAAUUUUGCAGCAGUUGUUCAUGAACCAUGGCUACUCUUCAAGCUUCAUUUUGCUCUUCUUCUUUUUCUUCAGCUUCAUUUAAAAAAACCAAAACCACUCUCCACACCCCAAAAUUCCAAAAAUCAUCCCAUCUUUCAGUUCCUAGGCUCCUUGUGGAUGAACAGAGUCAACCCAAUGGGUUACUAAAUCUGACAGCAACUUCAACUCAUAUAGAAAGGAACCCAAAUUUUAAAAACACUAGGAGAUCAAAGGGUAGUGAAGCAAUUUCAGAUUCAAAGUUGGUGCAAGAGCUAUAUGCAAUAAUGGAAAUUGUCUCUGACAGAGUAGAAAUGCACAAGAACAUUUGUGCCCAGAGGGACAAUUGGAAUGGCCUGCUUCUCAACUCUCUGAAUGGAAUGACAGCCACUGCUGCAAUCAUGGCUGGACUUGCAGCUGUGAGUGGAUCUGGAGGAGCACCCAUUUUGGCUCUCAAGCUGUCUUCCAGUCUCCUAUACAUGGCUGUCACUGGGAUUUUGCUGGUGAUGAAUAAGAUCCAGCCUUCUCAGCUAGCAGAGGAGCAGAGAAAUGCUUCAAGGCUUUUUAAGAGGCUUCAUGAAGAGAUCAAAACCACUCUGGUUUUAAAAACCCCAACUUCAAAUGAUGUGAAGGUUGCAAUGGAAAAAGUUUUGGCUUUAGAUAAGGCCUACCCACUGCCCUUGCUUGGGACCAUGAUUGAGAAAUUUCCUUCCCUUGUGAAGCCUGCUGUGUGGUGGCCAGAAGAAUCCAAGCCUCAACAUGAAGAGACGAGCGAGAAGGUUGAGAGGAAUGGGUGGGAUGAGAAGCUGGAAGAGGAAAUGAAGGAGAUUUUGGGUGUGGUGAGAGGAAAAGAUGCUGCAGAAUAUGUGAGGCUAAGCAAUGUGGUCUUGAAGGUUAACAAAAUACUAGCAUUCUGUGGCCCUUUGCUCACUGGUUUUGCUGCAGCUGGGGCAGGACUUGUUGGGUUGACUGGUUUUGGUUCAUGGGGUGCAGUUUUGGCUGUGGUGUUUGGGGCUUUGGCCAGUGUGGUCAACACUUUGGAGCAUGGUGGGCAAGUGGGAAUGGUGUUUGAGAUGUAUAGGAGUUCUGCAGGGUUUUUUAAGCUCAUGGAGGAGACCAUAGAAUCAACUCUCAAGGAAGGAGAGGUUGGGGAGAGAGAGAAUGGGGAGCUGUUUGAAGUGAAAGUGGCUCUUCAGCUUGGCAGAAGCCUUGCAGAACUCAGAGACCUUGCAAGUUCUUCAUCUUUGUCUUCAAGUCUUAAACAGGCUAAAGAAGAAUUUGCAAGCAAGCUUUUUUGAUUUAUUUCCCUUCGGUCUCGUGACUUUGUUAG